AUGGAGGAGGCAGCGAGAUGUCAAGUGGACUGGCAACUGGCGCCCUUUCUGAAAGGCUUCUGCGAGGAGCCAUUUACCCGAGAGGUCCAGAACUUCCUCCGUCGUCAUGCGGCGGACUUCUGCCGCGGUGGCAAGGAGGGCGAGUCUGGAUAUCCUUUGCGCUGGACGGAGCUGCAUAGUGACUACAUCCAACUUUUCGAGCGCCAGCUGAAGAGUGUAGUGCAGGAGGAAGGUUUCAGUUUACACGACUUCCACCAGCACUUGUCCGAUCUCUCCGAGGCGGCUCGGACGCGAACUUCCGAAGACUUCCUUCCAGGCUGUGGGCCUAGCUACAUUCCACCAGCUCCAGGGAUCAAAGUGGCUGAGUUCUGGAGUUUCCUCGAUGCCUUGACCGCUUCAACCGACUUUGCACAUUUCUUGGAGGUGAUGCAGCGGGAGGCUGGAAAGGUGCAAGAGGUCAAGAUUCCAUGCGUCAG